UGCAGUGCCCCGUCGCCAAAGGCUUAAAGAAGGAGGGGAGGAUCGAGGGACGGGUUCAUCCGCCUGGCAGCUCAGCUCAGCUCACGCCCAAUGUCAUCCUACGCCUCUCUCCAGCCCAAUCCCGCUGCCAACGGCUACCUCUAAAAGCCCGGCCCUCUGCAAGCAAGCCAAAGGAGAGCCCCCACCCCCACCCCAUACACUCACUCUCUCUCUCUCUUUCUCUCCACCUGCCGCCCCGCAGCCUGCCGCUCCCCUUUCCAGCAACAUGACCCGCGCAGUAUUUGUGGCUGCGCUCCUCCUCGCAGUGCAAGUAAAUUCACUUCCAGUAACAAGUCCAACGGCUAAAGAUGACCCCAAGGUAAUGAAGUGCAUUGUAGAAGUCAUCUCAGAUACAGUGUCAAAGCCAAAUCCACUCCCAAUCAGCCAGGAAUGCCUAGAAAUCCUUCAAGGAGAUGAAAGAAUCCGUUCCAUUCUUCGGCAUCAAAACCUACUAAAUGAACUGCAGGAGAUUGCAACCCAAGGAGCCAGCGAAAGGACGGAGCAGCAGAAGAAAAGCAGCGGUUUCGAAGAUGAGCUUUCUGAAGCCCUUGAAAGCCAAAGUAACAAGAAUACAGAAAGAGAUCUACCAGAGGGGGUCCCUAAUGAUGAGACCACCAACUUAUUUGCGGAGCUACAGACAGAGAGAAGUCAGAUGGACAAUGAAAGGGAUAUUUCAAAAGAGGACAAGAGCAAUAGCUUGGAAGAGAGAGAGACGAGGGCUCAAGAAGUUGACCCUGAAGAAGCAAAGGAGAAUGUUGUAGGCUUUGAAAGCAAUGAAGUUGGCGAGACUGAAGAAUUGCCUUGGGAUGACACGGUUGACAAUCAUAUCCAUGACGACCUCGGAGACAAUGGAAUGCAUGAACAGGGACACCAGGAGGAUGAAGAAUCUGCAGGGAGAGAGGAAGCAGAUGCAUUUGAGGAGAAGAAGCAUAUUUCGGAAAACAGUCAAGAGGAGAGCCAUGAAGAAAUAGAGGACACCAUCCAAGAUCAUGCUGAAAAUGAAGAGGAAGACGAAGAGGAGGUGGAGGAGGAGGAAGAAGAGGAAGAGGAAGAGAGAGGGACCUCUGAAGAGGAGCAUGCUGCUAAUGAAGAGGAUGAGGAUGAUCAAAAGGAAAUUGAAAAUGAAGACAAUAAGGAUUCUGAAAAGGAUGACAAGUCUUUGGAGGAGAGAGAGAAAUACCGUAGCAUGAAACGAGGGAGGCAUCACUCUCUGGAGGAAAGCAAGCAACCAGAAGACCUUUCCCAUGCCAGAGAUACUGAUCGUGAUGAAAUGGAAGAGGAGUCCCCCAGAGAUUUAGAAGAUGCCAAGAGAUGGAACAAAAUGGACGAGUUGGCUAAGCAACUGAGCACGACAAAGCGUACAGAGGAAAACGAAAGCGAUGAAGAUCCAGAUCGGUCCAUGAAAUUGGCUCUCUGGUCUCGCAAGGAUGAUGUUCGUAACCCUGAGGAAGAGACGAGGAGCCCCCAGGCGCCCCACUCGAAAGAGGACACCAGCGAAGGAAGCUUCCCUGUUGCUUUGCCUGAAGAGAAAAAAGACGAAGAAGGAAGUGCAAACAGAAGAACAGAGGAACAAGAGCUGGAAAGCUUAGCAGCAAUCGAAGCAGAGCUGGAGAAAGUAGCCCAGAGGCUCCAUGCCCUGCGGAGAGGCUGAAACGUUUCAACUAUUUGUCACCUGAGCAAAAAAGCAAGAGGUUUAACUCACCCUUUGAAAACACUGCAAUUUAUUUUAUUUUUAUUUUUUAAACGGAGCAGGGGCAUUUGGCAUAGGAAGCCAAUUAUCAGUAGAAAACAGACUUUUUUUUCCUGUGUGUGUCUACAGUAGUUCUGCGCUUGAAUUGCUUGCCGUUUGAUUUUGUGCUCCCUUUAUUGGCUAUUGAUUUUCUAUUGUAACUUUUGGAUUACAGCAGCAGUGUAAUUUACUCAUAUAUUUUCUGUUGAAGGGGGAAAGGGGGGGUAGAUUUGGGGGUUUUCCCCUCUUAUUUUUGAUUUUUUUAAAAAAAAAUUUACAAGCCAUGACAGCUUUCUAGAAUGUUUUACUUCUAUUAUUAGGUUUACUGAAUAAAAUAACUUGCAAUAAUUUGUUAAUCUUUUGAUUAAAAAAAGUGAGAGAACUCUUAAUAUAUUCUAUAUAGAACUUGAGGACAAUAAAAAAUAUAAUUUUGGGCUC